UAAGUCUCAUGUAUCUAGAUAUCCAGCACAAAAUAUUCAGUAGUGCCCGCAGAAAAGGUCGUCCACUAUCUCUGCACGUCUGGAGUGGACGGCUAUGUUUUUAUUCGGCUCUCGUCUUGGCCAUGUCACCUCUCCAUUGUGAAGAUUGGAAGGGUGUCCAGCUUUCCAAAGCUGCUCCCUUUUUCGUCGUGCCAGCUAGAAAGCAAGUCUUAUUUGCAAGUGCAUCGCGAACUGCUCGAGAGAGAUUUUCAACUCGCCAACAUGCUCGGCUUCAUUGAGAGACACAGGCUAGACUGAUGCAUCGAGACCCAAACCAACAAAACAGUGCAUGCACGUGAAGAGUAUAAUAAUCAGGCAAUUGGUCCAAUAAAGUGCCGUCCAUGUUCUCAGUAUCCAGUCUUGGCCUGGCUCCAUCCUAUCCUGUGAAUAUGAGUAAGGCAAAGAGACCCGUCCAUUCCAUUCGAUCCAUUCUUCUUUCUCUUUCUCUUCCCCUAUUCACCUCCUCCUUUUUCCUCCUCCCCAACGUCCAACAUGUGGCUAUUCGGGCUUUGAAGGCGCAGGUUGCUUUCAGAGUUCAACGACAAAGACCAAGCGCGAGAGAUUCAGAGCGAGCGCCAGGGGACGGGUCAGGCUCAGCUCUGCGCUGCGCUGCGCUGCGCUGCGCUGCUCAAGUACAGGAGCGCUAGGCCGUUCUCGACAAGAUCGCUGUGAAGGUUGAGGUGGGGUUCAAGUCCGGCGCCCAUUCCAUUAUUAUUACUUCCAUUGCAGGUGGGAGAAGGAGAAGGAGAAGGAGAAGGAGAAGGAGAAGGAGAAGGAGAAGGAGAAGGAGAAGGAGAAGGAGAAGGAGAGGCCACCUGCAGUCCUGAGAGUCCAGUCCAGUCCAGCCAGCUAACUUCGUAAGGUACGAGUACGUCCCCUCCCCAGCUACCCUCGCUCGCCUCGCUACUGUCCCUCCCUCCCCCUCCCUCCUCUCUCGCGCUCGCAUCUCGCCCAUCCCCCCUGCCCCCCCAGGCCACUGGUCCCUUUCGCUCGGCCUCACGCUCCCCC